AUGACCCUCCUAACCGUCAGCGACGCGGACCGCCGCAGACGAAAAGCCGAACUCGCGGAAUUUAAAGCCGACAUCGCGAUAAUAAGAGAGCGGUUUCAGAAGGUAAAGCAAGAAGACAUGCAGCUGUCGUUCCAGCUGCACCACAUGCACGAGCAGGAGGACAGGGAGCACGCAGGUCUCAUCAGCGGCCGCGGUAUCCGCGCGUACGAGCCGCCUACCAUCCGCAAGAUGUACGACUCGGUCACGCAACCCUCUCUCUCCACCACCCCAUCUUCUCCUGAAGUUCUCGGCUCCAAGCCACCAGCGCCAACCUCGCCGUCGAACGCGGAGAACCAGCAACCCGCGUCAUCAGCGUCCUCCGUCACCUCCGCCUCUUCCGCUGCCGCGUCAUCCGCCGGAGCGUUCUCGUUGAUUCAGGAUCUGCUAUCCGGGCAGCGGCUGUUCAGCGAGGUGCUGCCAUGGUCGCGCUCUAACCCCCCGGCGGACGCCGCCAAUUCGGGCGACGCGCUACUCAAGCAGGCCGGACUCGACGGCUUCACUCUCCUGUCGCCCAACGCGCAGUCGCAGAACCAGUCGCCGGCCGUCGCACAGUCGCCGCAGAAGGAGUCUACCGCGUCGCAGUCCGCAAGCGUGGGGCUGCUACCUGUCAGCGACGAGGUGACCAGUCCUGAGAUUAUGUCUUCUCCGCAAAGGUCCUCCGCGCUUUCUCCCGCCGCCUCCAGCGCGGAUACCACUGGCGGAAGCCCCCCCUCCGUUCCGCGGCUGUCUCGUGUGCGUCGUUCCGCGCAUCGCGCCGGGGCAGUCUCAGUGUCUUGUUCCUCCGCCUCUUCCGCCUCCGCGCUCCGCACCCCCUCAUCGGCGCAAUCUGCGCGUGCCCCUUCCCCUUCGCGCAUCGUGAGCCUGUCGGAAAACUCCCCCUCGUGCGUCGGCCAGGGGGUAUCCCCCUCUUCGAGCGCAACGUCAUCAAUCGGCGCGCAGCAGACUCCCCUGCGGACGCUGACGCCCUCGCAACAGCUGCGCGCGGAGCUGGCGGAGCGGCGCAGCGGGGCGGCGGCGAAGCUGUUCUCCGACGCCGCGAAGGAAGCGCUGCUCGUGCGCGCGGGUCUGCUGCCGGGACCCUCGGAAGGAGGCGCGACCCGCGCGAGCAGCAGCGAAGAAGGCGCGGGCGCAGGCGCGGGAGACAGCGCAGGCGCAAUCCGCGCAACUCUGGCGGAGAGAGUGGCCCAGUCUUCUUCCGCUGGUGCCGCCAGCGCGACGCCAAGCAAGAUCGAGGAAGGGUGGCAAUCGGAGAGUGUGGCGGAAUCGCUGAGGCUGAGCGGGGAGCUGCGGAGCAGGCUGAGAGCUGCGUUGGGGGAGAGGGAAUGCGCCAAGAGCGGUGAGAGCGAGGCGUCCAUUCAGAGCGCAUCGACGGCUGGCCACGGCCAAUCGAACGGUCACGAUUUGACGAAGCUAUUCAGCGCAAGCGGCGGGGGGAACGUGCAGCGGGAGUCCGACGCGGAUUCGAUUCACCUCGGCGGACCACGGACCUACGAAGCUUCGCAUGGCGCCGCCGGGUACGGGGGCCACGAGCGCAAGUGGGUGCGAAAAUUCGCUGGCGGCGGGAUCGAUGCGCAGGACGACUCGGGGCCGCGCGAUGCGACUCGGAGAUUCACUGGCGGCGGGGGGGAGGAGUCGGAGCGGAAAGGCGUGGAGUUUAGGAGCGGCGACGAUGAUUGGAUGGUGGACGGGACGCAGACGACUCGGCCGCUGAUAGUGGAUGAGGAGAGGGGGGGAGGCGGGGGAGGCGGGGGGGAGGAGGCGGAGCGGAAAGGCAUGGAGCUGAGAAGCGGCGACGAUGAUUGGAUGGUGGACGGGACGCAGAGCGGACAGGAGGUGAUUGUAGAUGAGGCCACGUUGCGGGGCAGGGGGACGGACGAAGAUCGGGGGAGGGGGAGGGAGGAUGACGAUAGGGGGAGAGCGGGGGAGGCGGACGAGGUUAGGGGGAGGGGGGAGGAUAAGCCUGGCGCGGGGAGGGGCAACGGGGAGGGCGGCGGGGAGGGCGGCAGGGAGGGCGGGGGGGAAGGCGGGGAAGGGGACAUGUCCUUCACGGGGAGCGGAGACGACAUGGGGAUGGACGAGGGGGGGAUGGCGGAAGGGGGAGGGGGGGAAGGUGAGGGCAGAGGGGGCGGCAGGGGGGGAGAGGGAGGGGAAUCGAGCGAGGAGGAGGGGGAGGGGGAGGGGGAGCCGGUUUGGCAGUCCCCAUUGGACGAGCCAUCAGAGUGGUCCCCACUGCAGGGCGCCCCUGACGGGCUGACGUGUCGCUCGUGGCUGCAAGAAGCUGAUGACGUGGCGUUUGGGAGGGACUUUGAGAAGCAGCCAAUCGCAGUGAUGGCAUACGAGACCCCCCGCAGGUACCCGUGUGACGUACCGUGCGAGAUGGUUGGCAAGCGCCGCCCGUCGCAGCUGGAUGCCAGCCUGGCGGGCGGCGUGCCUCGGCACAAGGCGGUGCUGCGAUCGAUGGAGCCGCGGGGGUACUACAAGAGCAACGACCCGGCAUGGGCGCACAGAGAUCAUGCUGUGGUGAUGACAGUGCAUUACGAUUCAGACGUGCCAGUGCAGUACGGGUCAUGGGAGGAGUAUGAUGUCAUGCGCCCGCCCGUCAACAAGACCGCCUCGGCUCUUGCUGCUGCGUUCAUCAGCAACUGCCGUGCCAACAACUUCAGGCUCGAGGCGAUAAAAGAGCUGAGUCAACACAUGGAGGUUCACUCAUACGGGCGCUGUCUCAACAACAUGCCAUACGAAUCCGACAAACUCCCCGUGCUCGCACGGCACUUCUUCUCCCUCGCCUUUGAAAACACCUGUGAAGCCGACUACGUCACUGAGAAGUACUGGCAGUGCCUCGCAGCCGGCUCCAUCCCCGUCGUCAUUGGCGCGCCCAACAUUGCCGAGUUUGCGCCUUCCCCCAACUCCUAUCUGGAAAUAAAAACUUUGGAGGAUGUACCCCGGGUGGCGCAGCAGAUGGUUACGCUUGCUGGUAACCAGACGGCAUACGAUGAGAUGCUCGCGUGGAAGAAAGUUGGGCCUUCCCAGGCAUUUAUAGCCAACAUGGAUCUUUCAGCUGUUCACUCCUCUUGCCGCCUCUGUAUCUUCCUUGCCGACCGGAUCCGGAGAAAGGACCUGGAUGCUGCCAAAACCCGCCGCCCGUGCCGGUGCGAGGCGCCGGGGAAGCGCGAGGGGGAGAAGCUGGUGGUAUACCACCUGUACGUGAGGGAACGGGGGACGUUCCACUUCACGUCGGUGUUCUUGCGCAGUGACCACCUCACUUUAAGAGGACUCACUUUAGCCAUAAGGCGCAGCUUUCAGAAAAAGACGUACCGGCCGGUGUGGGUGGGGAAGCGGCCGGCGUCGCUUGGAGGGGAUGAGAAGGCAUGGGCUUUGAAAAUCUACAGGAUAUACCCGGCGGGCUCGACGCAGAGAGAGGCGUUGUGGGGUGAGGCGUGGUUCCGGAACUCGUCUCAGGUGGUGGGACACGUGACUGCACACCCCUGUGCUCGGCUAGAAGUGAUCUUCGUAUGA